AUGGCAGCAGCACUGGAGAAGGAAGUGCCCGGUGAUACAGAAACAUCCCAAGAAAUCCCAACCGAUAGCAGCGACAAUGAGCAACCAGCACCUUCAGAGGAGAACGAUCCCAAGAUGGAAUACCCCCAGGGUCUAACCCUAGUCCUGCUUGCGGGAGCGUCGAUCAUGGGCGUCUUCUUGAUCUCUCUCGAUCAAACGAUCGUCGGCACGGCAGUACCCAAGAUCACCGACGAAUUCCAUGGUCUCUACGAUGUUUCUUGGUAUGCCGCCGCCUACUUCAUGACCUUUGGCGGUCUCGAGGCCACAUGGGGCAAAGCCUUCAGGUAUUUCGACCUGAAGUACACCUUCAUUCUUUCGAUGAUCAUAUUCGAGAUUGGCAGUCUGAUCUGUGGGGUCGCACCCACUUCCAAGGCCUUGGUCGUCGGUCGCGCCAUCGCUGGUUGGGGCGGUGCAGGCAUCUCGGUCGGAGGCACCAGCAUCGUUGCAUUGAGUACGCCACCGAAAACGCGACCGAUCCUCAUGGGAAUCAUUGGGCUCACCUAUGGUCUUGCCGCCGUGCUGGGUCCCUUGGUCGGGGGUGCCUUCACGGACAAGGUCACUUGGCGAUGGUGUUUCUACAUCAACCUGCCGAUCGGAGGCCUCGCCGCUCUGCUGGUACUUUUCUUUUUCCAUCUACCCAGUGCUGCCAAGCCCCCACAGGUGAGCCUCAAGGAGAAGCUGCUGCAACUCGACCCAGUGGGUGUGGUUCUGGCCAUGGGAGCGAUCACCUGCAUUCUUCUGGGCCUUCAGUAUGGCGGCAACACUCAUCCCUGGAACAGCAGCGAGGUGAUUGGCUUACUCGUCGGGUUUGGUCUCAUCACCAUUGCCUUGAUCGGGUGGGAGAUUUAUCUGGAUGAGUAUGCGAUGCUACAGCCGAGAUUGUUCAAGCGCAGAUCGUUGUGGAGUGUCGCCCCGUACCAAUUCUUCUUCAUGGGCGACCUUAUUCUGAUCCUCUACUAUCUCCCCAUCUAUUUCCAAAGUAUCAAGGGUGCAAGCCCGAUCGAGUCCGGUGUUGACAACCUCCCCAUGGUUAUCGCAGUCGCCAUCUUCUGCGUUGUUGGUGGUGUCGCGGUCUCCAAAACCGGCCAUGCAGCGCCGACGAUGCUCGUUGGCUCGGCGAUUGCCACAGUUGGGAUUGGUCUGCUUUACACUCUUGACAUUGACACUGCAAGUGGGAAGUGGAUUGGCUAUCAGAUUUUGGCUGGAUCUGCCAUCGCCUUCUCCGUUCAGAACGGUCUCAACAUUGCUCAAGCCAACGUGGGCCCAGAAGAUAUCCCAGCCGUCACGGCCAAUCUUUACUUUUUCCAAACCGUUGGAGGCGCAUUUACCACCUCAUCAGGACAGGCAGCGUUCAUCAACAGAUUGUAUGCCAAUUUACCCCUCACAGCUCCUGGUGUAGACGCAGCUCUUGUGGGCGCCACGGGUGCAACAGAGCUCCGAGAUGUGUUUACCUCCGAGCAGCUACCUGGAAUCCUUCUUGCCUACAUGCGAGGACUCAAGGCUACUUUUGCGGUUGCAAUCGGCAUGUCUGGUUUCGCUUUUUUGUCUACCUUUAUCAUUCCUUGGAGCAGACUCCCAACUCAUGCACCGGCCAAGGACUCGGAGAAGGACGAGGCGCAUCCCAUGGCCAUGCCUUGA